GUUCCGAUUUGCGUGCGCGGCACCAGCGAGUCACCUUGCCACACGCAGCAGUAGCUGUAUCGCGUUGAAGCGGAGUUGCAGAAGCGAAGGUGUCCUACAAAAAAACAAACAACCCCGCAGCCAUGGCAGCCGCAGCGGACCCGGCCAAGCCCAGGCCCAAGACCUCGCCCAAAUCCAUUAAAUUCCUCUUCGGCGGAUUGGCUGGAAUGGGGGCGACAGUGUUUGUGCAGCCGUUGGAUCUGGUGAAGAAUCGGAUGCAGUUGAGCGGUCAGGGCUCCAAGGCUCGCGAGUACAAGACCAGCUUUCAUGCUGUGGGCAGCAUCCUUCGCAAUGAGGGUAUCCGCGGUAUCUACACUGGACUGUCUGCGGGUCUGUUGAGGCAGGCCACAUACACAACCACCCGUCUGGGCAUCUACACAGUACUGUUUGAGCGCAUGUCCAAAGCAGAUGGCACACCGCCCAACUUCUUCAUGAAGGCUUUGAUUGGAAUGACCGCUGGGGCCACGGGAGCGUUCGUCGGGACUCCGGCUGAGGUGGCGCUUAUUCGAAUGACAGCUGAUGGGCGGUUGCCUCCAGACCAAAGGAGGGGUUACACAAAUGUUUUCAACGCCCUCAUCAGGAUCACCAGAGAAGAAGGAGUCACCACACUCUGGAGGGGCUGUAUACCCACGAUGGCCAGAGCAGUUGUAGUGAACGCAGCCCAGCUUGCUUCAUAUUCCCAGUCCAAGCAAGCUCUUCUGGACUCUGGAUAUUUCAGAGAUGAUAUUCUGUGUCAUUUUUGUGCCAGUAUGAUCAGUGGACUGGUCACCACAGCUGCUUCCAUGCCCGUAGACAUUGUUAAGACCAGAAUCCAGAACAUGAGAAUGAUUGACGGCAAGCCAGAGUACAAGAAUGGAUUGGAUGUGUUGGUGAAGGUCAUCAGGAACGAGGGAUUCUUCAGUCUAUGGAAGGGUUUUACUCCUUAUUACGCUCGUCUGGGACCUCACACAGUCCUUACCUUCAUCUUUCUGGAGCAGAUGAACAAGUUCUACAAGAUCUAUUUCCUCGACUCAUAGAUAAGACCUUUACAACCACCAGGGGACAGCAUAGGCCCAAUCCAUUUCUGAUAGGCCAGUGUGUAUACUCGUCUGUGAAUGCUGGUUUUACACAUUAUGUUUCUCUUUUACAUAAGGAGUGUAUUUUCUGGAUUUGAAGGCUAGUAAUAUGCAGUGGCUCAAGGGCACUGGAUUGUGACCCUUUGCUAUGGUGGUAGAUGUGACGGACAUUUGGACUCUCAUAUUACACAACCCAUAGUUAACUGGCUUAGUAAUACCUAUACUGGCCCUAUCUGUCUUUGUGUGAGCUUGGAUCAUUCACACCAAAGAUACCCCCCUCCCCCCAUUUUUGAAUUAUAUUUAUGUAAUUCUACAUCCCUCACCGCCACCUUCCUCUUUAAAGCUUUACUUUUCUCCAAUUGUACUGAUGUGCUAACAGACUUACCGUAGUUGUGAAGAGUCAUUGUCAAUACACAACACUGAACCAGAAUUCUGAGUGAAUCAUAAAAGGUUUUUCUCUU